AUGGAGGCAAGGCCUGGACUCUCUGUCAGUGUGGACGGCAUUUCAAACGCUAAGGAUAUUGCGAAUAUGUUCAAAGAGCAUUUCAGCGUAAAGACAUCAUACAGCGGGAACAUGGACCUGCAAAUGCACGACGACAGAGCUGGGAAUGACGCUCAAGAGACGAAGUGGAAGGGUGCAAGGGCUAGAGAGAUUGGGCAAGGAUAUAAGUUCUACUACUGCGGGAGUAACGGCAAACGCAAUGGGGUCGGUAUAGUACUAGAUAGUCAGUUGAAACAGGGUGUCACUAAUGUAAACAGGAAGAGCGAUAGGAUUAUCGCUCUAAAAGUGAUGCUGGAAAACUGGAAUGAGGAGGUGCAGGAAAUACUAAAGCAAAAGAAACAAGCAUUUAGAGAAUGGCAAAAGGUUAAAGCUGGACAAGAAACUGAGGAGGCAAUAAAAAGAACGAAGCAUAUGGAAUGUAAGAAGAUGGCAAAACGUGCAGUUGCUAUAGCUAGGACAGCAGCACAGGACAAAUUGUAUAACUCCUUAAAUAGUCCUCAAGGCGAAAAGCAGCUGUACCGCCUUGCCAAAGCGAGAGAAAGGAGUUCCCGUGAUGUAUCUUAUAUAAAAUGUGUGAAAGAUGAUGCAGGAAGGGUGCUAUCGAAAGAUGAAGUCAUAAGAGAACGUUGGAAAGGCUACUUUGAAAGGUUGAUGAAUGAAGAGAAUGAUUGGAACCCAUUCACGGGUGCAUAA